ACGCAUCUAACUGAAGAAAUAUUUCGUUCUUUUACGUUAGAAGACUUCGGUGAAGAAGCAUAUAUAUUUGUUAUCAAAAUGGGUUUUCAAAAUAUUUGGUACUCGCAUCCACGCAAAUACGGCCAAGGAUCUAGAUCCUGCCGUGCUUGUGCAAAUAAACAUGGGCUUAUCCGUAAAUAUGGUCUGAACAUUUGCAGACAAUGCUUCAGAGAAUACGCAGCUGAUAUUGGUUUCAAGAAGUUGGAUUAAUUCAAUUAAGAAGAAGUUAAAUAAAAUAAACAAAUUCCAAUAAUUUAUAUACCAUUAUAUAAAUAUGUUGAUUUAAAUCAUUAAAAGAUUCGUGAUUUAUCAAAACAUCUAAAAGGAUAUUUGUAUUAAUGUAAUACUAAAAAAUAAAUUUUAAUUCAGAUCUAAUUUA